UCCGGUAGGGGGAGGCAGUGAUUCGUAAGCUGGCCUUUAAACCCAGAAGAAGAAGGAGAAGCGCACCUGAUGCUAGCAGUGUUUGUUGAACAUGGAGCUAACAACAUUAGCCUGGCAGGUGUCGUGCGGAUCAGCCGGUGUCUGACAUGAUUCAUAAAUCUUUGUUAGCGCGGGCAGACAUCUGACCGGAAGCGACGUGGUUGGGGAUGAGACGUCUGCUCUGCCUGCUCGUGAAACUUCCCGGGAAGUGGCGGACGGUGCCUCCGCUGAAGUUUAAAAACGCGUGUCCUCUUGUGCUGUGCUCCUCGUCCCUGCAGGCAGACAGCACCUGCAACGGGACCAUGAACGGGACCCACAGCAAGAAGCCGCUGCUGUCGGACCCGCAGCUGUUCGAGGCGCAGUUCGAUGAGCUGCUGACGGAGAUGACGGAGCGGGACUUCACCGACCCGGUGCUGGCUGAUGCUCUGCGCAGGAUGAGAGAGGUUUUGGUGUACAAUGCCCCUGGAGGCAAGAGGAACCGCGGCCUGUCUGUGAUUGGCUCUCUCAGGGAGCUUCUCCCGGCCUCUGAGCUCACCCAGGACAUCGUGCAGCGGGCUCUGGUUGUUGGCUGGUGCAUUGAGUUGCUUCAGGCAUUUUUCCUCAUGUCAGAUGAUAUCAUGGAUUCAUCUGUGACUAGGAGAGGGCAACCCUGCUGGUACAAGAAGGAUGGAAUAGGUAUGGAUGCCAUCAAUGAUGCGUUUCUCAUGGAAGGAUUGAUCUACAGGCUGCUUCGCAGACACUGCAGGGAUCAGUCGUACUAUGUCCACCUGCUGGAGCUAUUUACUGAGACAUCUUUUCAGACAGAGCUUGGCCAGACAUUGGACCUCAUUACAGCCCCCCCUGGUCAGAUAGACUUCAACAGAUUCACCAUGGAGAGGUACAAAGCUAUUGUAAAAUACAAGACUGCUUUCUACUCUUUUUACCUCCCAGUGGCCGCUGCGAUGUACAUGGCCGGAAUCACCAGCGAUGAGGAACACAAUAAUGCCAAACACAUCCUACUUGAGAUGGGAGAAUUUUUCCAAAUACAGGAUGACUACCUGGACUGUUUUGGUGACCCUGCUGUUACAGGAAAGAUUGGUACAGACAUUCAGGAUAACAAGUGCAGCUGGCUGGUUGUGACGGCCCUGGAAAUCAUGACAGCUGAACAGAGAGCAGAGCUGGAGACAUGUUACGCACGCCACGAUGAAGCCUGCAUAGAGAAGGUCAAAGCGCUGUACAACACCCUGCAAAUGCCAACACUGUACCACAAAUAUGAAACUGAGAGCUACCAGCGGCUUCAGAAGCUCAUCGCUCGUCACGCUCAGAACCUCCCCCACCCCAUCUUCCUCAACUUUGCCGACAAAAUCUACAAACGAGACAAGUGAGGAGGAAUGCUGAGGAGGAAUGCUGAUCUUCAGAGGUGUUUUAUCUCCUCUCCCUCUAUAGAGGUUUUACCAGGGACAGACCUCCAACUCGUACAACACGACCCAAUCUAACACGCUGUAUUUUCUAAGUCUUGCACUUUCAUGAACUUUUCAGACAUUUGUAGAUAUUUGGAUGUAAAUGUCAUCAAACAGCCAUUUUUUUCCUGUUGUAUUUAUUGAACCUAGUGCAUAAUGUACAGUGUAGUCAUUGAUAAUGCAUGUGUAUGACAUUAGAUCUAUCCUGACUACUGAGGACAGCGGGCCAUGCUGUUAAUUCCAUAUAUUUUUAAUAAAUAUAACAUAUACAUACAGUA